AUGCGGACAGAGUGCGAGCGCACUACGCUGUCGCCCCAGACAGCCCCGCCGCCCGCCUCCACAGCUGACCGACGUCUCGUCCAGGCCUCGGCCGCUCCUGCUAUAACACUGUAUUCUCCCCCAGGGAAGAAAUCGAAGAAAGCGAAGAAAACGAAGACAGCAACACCUUAUGUGGAGCGCUACACAAGUAGGAAAGAGUGGAAGAAAGACCUUGAUGCUGGAAUAAUGGAUCUGAACAUGUUUAUGGAGUACGGGCGCUUCAGAGAGAGAAGGGAGCCAGAAUAUCCGUCCAUCUUCGAGAUCUUUCCCUGUCAGUCGACUCCAGGACCAGCCCCUCGCAUGAAGAAAGAAGAGAAUAAUAAGGACGACACUGGGAAGGACGGCCGUGCAGAGGGCCAUGCUGUUGAGCGCGUCAAGAAGAGAAAGGCAGCCGAAGAAAUACCACCGUCUGAUGACCGCGAGCGCAAACACACCGAGCAGCGUCGCCGUCGCCGCAAGAGACGUCAGAAUAAACUGGUCGCUGCGCCGCAGGAGGGCCCUGCUGGGGUCUACGUAAUUGGGCGCUUUAAAGUCAAUCAGGUCGCAGAGGAUAAUCCACCGUUUAAGGAUCAAGACAGGGACCUCACUACACAGAGAGACAUUUGCCCCGAGGAACGAGAUAUAAUACUGAUCGAUGCGCCGCAGGAGGGCCCCAGUGAGGUGGAUGCUUCCAAGAUGGAUCAAGAGGAGGAGAGAAUAGCUAAUUGUCACGUGGAUGCUGCCAAGAUCGAACAAGCUCAUCAAGAUUUACAGGAGAAGAUAAUUGAGAGUCGAAUGGGUGCAGCCAAGAUGGGCGAAACAUGUGGAGAGAUUGAGGAAGGGGCAGAUGAGUGUCUGAAGGAUGAUUCUGAGAUUGACAACGCAUGUGGAAAUGAGGAGACAGGUGCAGCUAAGGGUCUCAUGAAUGCUGCCGACAUGGAAGAAACGAGUCAAGAUUUAAAAGAGGAGGCAGCUGAGAGUCUUAUGGACGCUGCAAAGAUGGGCGAAACAUGUGGAGAGAUUAAUGAAGGGGUAGAUGAUGGUGUUGUGGAUAUUGCUGAGAUUGACAUAGUAUGUGGACAUGAGGAUGAAGGGGCAGCUGAGUGUCUCAUGAAUGCUGGCAAGAUGGAACAAGCCCAUCACGAUUUACAGGACAAGAUAGUUGAGAGUCGCAUGGGUGCUGCCAAGAUGGGCGAAACAUGUGGAGAGAUUAAUGAAGGGGCAGAUGAGAGUCUGAAGGAUGAUUCUGAGAUUGACAACGCAUGUGGAAAUGAGGAGACAGGUGCAGCUAAGGGUCUCAUGAAUGCUGCCGACAUGGAAGAAACGAGUCAAGAUUUAAAAGAGGAGGCAGCUGAGAGUCUCAUGGAUGCUGCAAAGAUGGGCGAAACAUGUGGAGAGAUUAAUGAAGGGGUAGAUGAUGGUGUUGUGGAUAUUGCUGAGAUUGACAUAGUAUGUGGAGAUGAGGAAGAAGGGGCAGCUGAGUGUCUCAUGAAUGCUGGCAAGAUGGAACAAGCCCAUCACGAUUUACAGGACAAGAUAGUUGAGAGUCGCAUGGGUGCGGCCAAGAUGGGCGAAACAUGUGGAGAGAUUAAUGAAGGGGCAGAUGAGAGUCUGAAGGAUGAUUCUGAGAUUGACAACGCAUGUGGAAAUGAGGAGACAGGUGCAGCUAAGGGUCUCAUGAAUGCUGAUGACAUGGAAGAAACGAGUCAAGAUUUAAAAGAGGGGGCAGCCGAGAGUCUCAUGGAUGCUGCAAAGAUGGGCGAAACAUGUGGAGAGAUUAAUGAAGGGGCAGAUGAUGGUGUUGUGGAUAUUGCUGAGAUUGACAUAGUAUGUGGAGAUGAGGAUGAAGGGGCAGCUGAGUGUCUCACGAAUGCUGCCAAGAUGGAACAAGCCCAUCACGAUUUACAGGACAAGAUAGUUGAGAGUCGCAUGGGUGCGGCCAAGAUGGGCGAAACAUGUGGAGAGAUUAAUGAAGGGGCAGAUGAGAGUCUGAAGGAUGAUUCUGAGAUUGACAACGCAUGUGGAAAUGAGGAGACAGGUGCAGCUAAGGGUCUCAUGAAUGCUGCCGACAUGGAAGAAACGAGUCAAGGUUUAAAAGAGGAGGCAGCUGAGAGUCUCAUGGAUGCUGCAAAGAUGGGCGAAACAUGUGGAGAGAUUAAUGAAGGGGCAGAUGAUGGUGAUGUGGAUAUUGUUGAGAUUGACAUAGUAUGUGGAGAUGAGGAUGAAGGGGCAGCUGAGUGUCCCAUGAAUGCUGCCAAGAUGGAACAAGCCCAUCACGAUUUACAGGACAAGAUAGUUGAGAGUCGCAUGGGUGCGGCCAAGAUGGGCGAAACAUGUGGAGAGAUUAAUGAAGGGGCAGAUGAGAGUCUGAAGGAUGAUUCUGAGAUUGACAAAGCAUGUGGAAAUGAGGAGACAGGUGCAGCUAAGGGUCUCAUGAAUGCUGCCGACAUGGAAGAAACGAGUCAAGGUUUAAAAGAGGAGGCAGCUGAGAGUCUCGUGGAUGCUGCAAAGAUGGGCGAAACAUGUGGAGAGAUUAAUGAAGGGGCAGAUGAUGGUGUUGUGGAUAUUGCUGAGAUUGACAUAGUAUGUGGAGAUGAGGAUGAAGGGGCAGCUGAGUGUCCCAUGAAUGCUGCCAAGAUGGAACAAGCCCAUCACGAUUUACAAGACAAGAUAGUUGAGAGUCGCAUGGGUGCUGCCAAGAUGGGCGGAACAUGUGGAGAGAUUGAGGAAGGGGCAGAUGAGAGUCUCGAGGAUGAUGUUGAGACUGACAAAGCAUGUGGAAAUGAGGAGGAAGGUGCGGCUAUGGGUCUCGUGAAUGCUACCGAGAUGGAAAAAGCUCAUCAAUAUAUAGAGGCGGACGCAGCCGAGAGUCUGAUGGGUGCUGCUAAGAUGGAGGAAGUUCGUGUAGAUGUUAAGGAGGGAGCAGCUAAGAGUCUUUGUAGCCCACCAUCGGGUGCCGCUUGCACCCACUGA